AUGCCAAACCUUCCAUGGGAAAUUCUCAACCCUAUUAUCCGGUCUUUGGACCCUUUCCAGGCAAAGAAAGCGGCAAAUGCAUUAUCUUUCAUUGACGAAGAUGAAUCCCAUCGCCUCUGGAGGACGAUAUUCAAAGAUGAUGCCUGGAUUAAAAUGGCUCUUAACUGUGGUUCCGAUCCCGUACUCAUUGGGGCUAACCUCCGAACCGUUACAAAUUCAUGCCAAGCAAAGAAAGGAGGGAAACCGCUCUACAUAGUGCUUCGGGCGAACGACUGGUCUGGUGACACCCGCUACGCCGGCGUUACGUCCUUACGACGAAGUCUACGAACGGACCAUUGCUAUGACCAAAAAAAUCACGAAGUGACUCUGCCAAAGCUCAGCUGGUAUAAUACAGCUAACAAGAAGAUCACCGUUCCUAAAAUCAAACUCAAUGUCAAAGACAUAGUCUUCGGCGCGGAGAUAAUGGAGUUGAAGGGCAAAACUACCCGAAAGUUGUUUGAACAGAAUCCCCUUCGGUCGAACUUCUGCUUUUACUCGAGUGGAAAUAUUUGCACGCUAGCAAGUCCAAACAUUGUUGGCGUGGGAGGAUCAAUCUCCCAGCGAGAUGCCCUUACACCCAUUUGCGUGUUGAACCUCCCAUCCUCUAGGCAUCAGGGAAAGACAUGGCAGUUCACUAUUGAAACACCGGGGUGUCCACCAGUCAAGCCAAUCCUGAAAAACGGAAAAUCAGGACCAAUUGUUGAAUACAGAUACUAA